AUGUAUAACGAGCAAGGAAUCUCUCUGUGGAAUACGUCGACUAACAAGUUUAAAUCUUUUCCUCUUUGGAUCGUUGAUAUCCAGCUCGACGGAUUCGGGUAUGAUUCAGUUUCUUAUGACUAUAAAGUCGUCAUGGUCACUAAACUAUUUUCUGAAGAUUUCUUAAGAGUUAUGAUAUAUAGUGUCAAAACUAAUUCAUUGAGAAGGAUUCAGGAUCUUCACGGUCUUGAACCUUUUUCGACUCGCCUUAACUACGACCAUUCUGGUGUUCUUGUGGGUUCCUUCUUGCAUUGGGUUGCUCAUCCUCUUAAUGAGAGGACUGCUUAUCAUAACUUCAUUCUUGCAUUUGAUCUUAGAGAUGAAAAGUUCCGUAAGGUGCCGCAGCCCCGGGAUAUGAUUGAUGUAGAAGAUAAAGUGUUGAAUAUGGUUUCAGAACUCGGAGGAUGCCUUAGUUUGAGCUAUCAAUUUCAGGGUUAUGUUGAUAUUUGGAUUAUGAAGGAAUAUGGAGUUGAGAAAUCUUGGACUAAAUUGGUCUCUGUACGAAGUUGUCAAAAUUCUGAUUAUAGUUUUCAUGCUACAUUGAAACCUUUAUGCUACUCAAAAGAAGGGGAUAAAAUUUUGAUGGACUAUAAAGAAGGGAAAGAGAUCAUAUCAUAUGAUUUAAAGAAUCAAACUUUUGACAUAAUCGACAUUUUUAAAUCCUCGAAGUAUAAUAAAAAGAGAUAUGGCGUGUUUAAGUCUGGAUUUGUAUGCGCAACAACAUCAGCGUUUCCCAUUGUUAAUGGUGGAUCGAGUAGUACUUGCAAGAAAAUGCCAAGGAAGAAGAAUAGCAGGAAAUCUUGA